AUGCUAACAGUUUUUCCAGGCCGGGAAGCUGGCUCUUACGGCUACCCCCCUAGCAAUAAUUACCCUAAUACUCAGUGGGAGCUGAUUGACUAUCCGUUUCUUACGGCCGAAUAUGGCGGCGGUGCUGGAGUAAUGUACCGCCGCCGCGUGGUUCUGAGUCUGCCCGACGAUGUUGCUGCCACAAUUCCCGUCCAACUCGGCUCAGGCGUCAACCUUUACGGAUAUUACAUGUUCCAUGGAACUACAAAUCCAAGGGGAAAGACGGAAACUCUUCAGGAGUCGACCGCUACUGGUGGCUAUAACGACCUCCCAAUCUUUGAAUAUGAUUACGAGGCACCUAUUGGGCAGUAUGGUGAGCAACGCGUGACACUGAAUCGCAUUAAGCUAUAUCAUUACUGGCUGAAUGGCUUUGGUGACCAACUCGCCGGGAUGAGCAUGCGCCAACCGGAGGUUACCGCAGAAAACUCCACCGAUCUCUCUAGUCUGCGCUGGUCGGUUCGUUCCAACGGGGAAAGUGGCUACCUUUUCUUGAACAAUUAUGUCCGGCAAUACUCGAUGAAAACACAUACUGAUAUUCAAUUCGCCGUUAAAUUCACCUCCGGCACCGUUACAUUCCCCAGCGAGCCUAUUACCAUACCAGAUGGGGCAUAUUUCGUUUGGCCGCUCAAUCUUUCCCUCGGGAGAGCUAGCCUGAUUUCAGCAACUGCGCAACUGAUGACUUCGCUGAAUAUAUCAGGACGGACAAUCUAUAUCUUUGUUGCUACUGACGACAUUCCCGUUGAAUUUGCCUUCGAUUCUACUACCGUGUCUAAAGUAAAAGCUGUUGCAGGCAUUACUAACAAUGAGGAGAGUGAUCGAAUAUUGGUCAAGUCGAUCAUCCCUGAUCUCGAUCUUGCUAUCUAUUUGACUGACAAGGGCGGCGACGAAAUCGGUAUAAUUGUACUGAACCAGACAACGGCGGACAACCUCUGGGAACUUGUCCUCGGUGGACAGAAAACUCUCAUUCUUACCGAACAGGCGCUCAGCCCAAGUUCAGACGGUUUUCAACUCACCAACCCUGGCUCUCCCGACUUCAGCUUCGCCACAUUCCCGGCUAUAGACUGCUCUGUCACAACUAGAGAAAUUACCGGGGCUACUGAAUUACUCUUGAAAGGAACUCCUAAGGGUCUCUUCACUGUCUUUGAAAGCAGAACGAAAUCCAAGAAUAUACUAGUCACUACCCAACCAUUCCAGGCUCCUGGUAUUGCCCCUCCAAUCCUGAAGGGUGGGCAAGCUGGUGGCGCCCUCGAGCCCAAUCAAACUGCGAUUGUGGCCGCUCAAGGCCUCUGGACGAUCAGUAUCCCCUGGUCUCAGGUGGCUGAUGUUGACGAUGCGUGGCUUAUGAUCGAUUAUGAAGGGGAUCUGGCUCGCUUGUAUGCUGGAAAUCUUCUUCUUGACGAUAACUUCUACGAUGGGACGACCUGGGUCGUUGGUCUCAAGCGAUUUGCUAGUACUACCGCAAGUGACGACCUCACCAUUGCCAUAAUGCCGCUCCGUAGCGAUGCACCGAUCUAUCUUCAGGCAAUGCCACAGUACGACUCGAACGGACAAGCUUGCUCGAUAAUCAACGUUAAUAUUAGCACUGUCUAUCAUCUAAAUGUCAAAACAGAAUAG